AUGCGCAAUAUACCAUCGCUCCUAGCCUUCUCGGUGUCAGCGUUGGCCUUUGUUCAUCCAGGGGCACUUCAUACCGCGCAGGACUUCAUGCGUAUAAAUACCUACCUGGCCGAUGAAGUUGAACCGCACAAUACGACCUGGACUCUUUUGACCACCAGCGACUACGCCCAAUCGUCAUACCAACCCACCCCCAAGGAAACAGUAUACAGAGGAUACAAUGGGGUGGAUAGUGAAAACUACCCAUCUCUAUAUCGAGACACAGCAGCCGCCUACCAACUCGCCAUACGCUGGCGAGUCACAAACGACACAAGCUACGCCGAUGCUGCAAUCAACAUCCUCAGCUCAUGGGCAUCUUCCCUCGUCGCCAUCGAAGGCACCAGCGACAAGUUCCUCGCGUCCGGUCUAUACGGAUACCAAAUGGCCAAUGCAGCAGAACUCAUGUCAGACUAUCCCGGCUGGGAUAGUACCAAUAAGACAGCCACAGGAACAAUGUUGACCAACGUUUUUGCUGCAAUGAACACACGUUUCAUGGAAGAACACAAUGGUCAGGAUUAUUACCAUUACUACGCUAAUUGGGAUCUGUGCAAUCUUGCCUCCCUUCUUGCUAUUGGUAUCUUCACGGAUAAUCAGACCAUGUACGACUAUGCCUUGGACUAUGUCCGUACCGGUCCCUCCAAUGGCGCCCUUCCCGUCUUUGCUAUUGCCAAUUAUACCGAAGAGGGGUCGAACAAGGUCUUGACACAAGGCCAAGAAGCGGGUCGUGAUCAGGGCCAUUCCACGCUUGAUAUGGUCCUCUUUGGUAUCGUUGCGCAGCAGGCGUAUAACCAGGGUGACGACCUGUUUGCCGAAUUUAGUAAUGAGAUUCUCAAUGCCGCGGAGUAUGCGGGCAAGUAUAAUGUUGGCUUCGAUGUGCCUUAUACUCUAUAUGAGAGCUAUCAGGGACCCCAGGCUGUCGUUUCGAAUAACUCGCGUGGCAUUGUUCGUCCUGGGUUUGAGUUGCUGUCUGCUCACUAUGGACAUGUUAAAGGGUUGGAUUCGUACUGGACUGAUUCCUAUCGCGAUUGGGUUAAUGGGAAUUCUACAAAUGGCGUUGAAGGAGGAGGUGGUAACUAUGGUCCUAAUUCGGGUGGUUUUGAUGGACUUGGAUUCGGUUCUUUGCUGUAUCGUUUUGCUUAA